AUGGCAGUUCCGUCCGAAGAAGUCGCCGAGGUGUUCGCAACCCUUGGAGACUUAGAAAGAGAGUUCGCCGAAGUAGAGCUGGAUGCUUUGCGCAGAAAAGAGUUCAACUUACGGCCUCUUUACAACAAGCGCAAGGAAUUACUCGACAAAAUCCCGGACUUCUGGCCCACUGUUUUCGGCUCUGGGCCAGAAGAAAUCCAGCAAUUCUUCACGCCGGAAGAUCUAGCCUUGGGCGCGAGUCUCAAAUCCUUCUCAGUCGAACGAUACCAGAUCGAAUCCGCAGACAAAGGAGAACCUAGGAGUUUGCGCUUCACCUUCGAGUUUGCGGCCAACGACUUUAUCCAGGACACCAAGUUGGUGAAAGAAUUCGAGUAUCGCCCUCGCAAGGACGGACCUGGGAGUCUGAUCUCAAGACCCGUUCCGAUCAAGUGGAAGUCAAAGAAGAAGGACUUGACACAAGGGAUCCUUGAUGCUGCUGUCGAAUUGUAUAAUGCAGAAGAAGCGCUUCAGCUCAAGAAUGGGGACAAGGUUGUCGACAUCGUGGAUCGAGAGGCCUUGUGGCAGCAUGAAAAGCUGCGAGAGAAGCUGAGCAAACUUGACGAGGAGGAGGAUUAUCAGCCAAGUUUCUUCAACUGGUUCGGCUUCCGUGGGGCCGUCGAUACCGCAGUUCCGGAGACAUCGAUGAAAAAUGGCGUGGACAAUGGCGACGGAGGAGAUGAGGAGGAGGAGGAGGACGACGACGACGACGACGAAGAUGAAGUGGAGGAGAUGCUUGAGGUCGAGAUCUUCCCUGCUGGUGAGGAAGUGGCCAUUGCUCUUGCCGAGGAACUGUGGACGAAUGCCAUGGAUUACUUCAUGUCCGCUCAAGACGGGGACGCCGACGGAUUUGAGGGACUCGAUGCAGAGGACGAUGAUGAUGAUGACGACGACGACGACGCUCCAGAGCUGGUGAAUGCUCAAGAAGAGGAGGCCGCCCCUCCGCGAAAGAAGCAGCGCAAAGGUUGA